ACGAUCUCCUACGCCGCCCAAUCACCCUGGCUUCGGCAUCAAUCGAUCAAAGAAAAUAUCCUGUUUGGGUAUCCGUAUGAUGAGAAGAGGUACGAAGAGGUCGUGGAGAGCUGUGCGUUGGGUCCUGAUUCGAAAAUAUUGGAGGAUGGGGAUGAGACGGAGAUUGGCGCGAGGGGAGUGAGUCUCUCGGGUAGACAGAAGGCUAGAGUGGCACUUGCAAGAGCAGUGUAUGCGCCAACGAAGUAUGUGCUUUUGGACGAUCCGUUGAGCGCUGUGGUACGUAUGCUCCAUUCCGAUAUAUUCUGCUCACCUACCUAG